UACUUUUUUUGGGCGCCAAAUUAUUUCAUAGCGUUUCUUUCUUUCUUUUUUAUAAGGUCAUAGCGUUUCUUUUUGGAACCUGUAGCGCUCAGUUCCCCCUUUCAAUUCCUCUCUCCCACGACUUCCACGAUUGGAUCCCCAAACAAAACUUUCUUUCUCUAGCCAGAUCUGUAAACACCAGCUCUCUCUCUCUCUCUCUCUCUCUCUCUCUCUCUCUCUCUCUCUCGGACGCAUGAACAGGAACAAGCACCAAGAACUGUGCCGACCGAAAAUCGCCAAUGAUGUCGCCGACUGAGCAAUAUCGGCACCGCAAUCGAUCUCCAUUCCGCCAUCGAAUCGAUAAGAGGAUGUGCAGCCAAAAGUGGUAACAGAGAAUUAGCCAUAUUCAGAGGUAACAUUGAACAAGCUAGCGAUGUGAUGGAAGUUUCACCAGGAUCUCCAAAGUCAAAUGAACAUAAUGGCCAUGCUGAUGAUGGGUCAUCAGAGAAGGAACCUUCCCCAGCUUUCCAUGGACCAAUUCCGGAAGUACAGCUUAUGUGGCAAUCAUUCGAAACAAUCAACUUCUUGUUGCAAAUAAAGGCAUAUAAUUUGACUAGAGACCACAAGCCUAACCUUGCAGCUGAGAAGGAUAGGAUUCUGAAGGCUAGUGGUUUCGUCCAGUAUGGACUUGUCAACUGGACUCUAAACUUGUCAAGAUCUAUUGGAGACAUGGAAUUAAAGAGGAAUAAAUCCCUGCUUGCUGAUGAGCAAAUUGUGACUGCCAAUCCUGAUCUGAACACGUGCAUGUCAAGCCAGCAACUAGUAGACUUUGUUCGAGACCAGUUGAAUACGGAGACUAAGCUUUCGGUGGUGUGCAGGAGGGUGUUUGAUAGGUGCAUUGAAUGCAAAGGUUGCGACAACAUGACCGUGAUCUUGGUUCAAUUCAAGAAAUCGUAUGCAACCUAUGAGACUUUGUAGAGGAAAAACAAACCUCUGUAGUUUUGUAGUGGACAUAUCACUGAAGCCAUUUUAGGUUUAGGAUCGCAAAGGAGAAAAAAAGUAUUCCAAUCCUUUACAUUCGACAGACUAACCAAAUCGAAAAGCCUUAGACAAAGAGAGACAACCCAAAGUCGGCACUUCAACAUUGCCAACUGUUAUUCUCCCUUAAAUUGCUUGUUGCAUCAUCUUGUUCACACACUGUAGCAAAGCGGAAGGAAGGCAAAAGGGUUUCAAUAGUGUUUCAUUAAAACCCAAUUACAAUUUACAGUGUUCUUCUUCCGUGGGAAAUAUUAGACACCAAUUUCAAUUUCCAAUCUGUUGAUAUGCCUUGCAUGCACGUAUUAUUUGUGCCGGUAAUAUGCUUCAUUGCUGAUAUAAAUUUUUACAUAGUUUUCUCACAUAAAUAGUUAGGUUCCAUAUUGCGCACGGAAUGAUUUACCAAUGUCUUUUGCCAAUUGGUCAUGGUAUGGCUGCUUCUGAUCUUUGUUUUGUUCUAGGCUUGGUUCUGUUUGUUUCUUUUUUUAGGUUUGCCUAUCUUUGGGGUGGCCUCAUUAUCAUCUUAUAUAUACUCUUGCUCUCCUCUUAGUAUAUCUUCUUUUGCUGAAUCGAGGAAAAAAUCUUAGCUAGGGGUGAUUAUGAAACAUACACACUACAACAAAUAUAGCUUGAUUAUACUAAGGUUGCCUAAACUAUGCAAAGUUAUCAGCAGUUGUAACUUUGUACAAGCUUAAAACUGAUCAUGGGUGGAUCGAUGACGGUUUUGAUGGUCUUCUGGAGAAACUACGUGAUAUAUUCCCUCUGGAUAUUGUAUUGCUAGACUUUGUAUAUACACAAUUAGAAAUUUUCUGAAAGCAUUUCAACUGGGUUACGAGAAAAUCUGUGCUUGUGUGAAGCAUUUCAACAUAUGUAUUGCUACAUUUGUUCCCUGCGGAUAACUUGGCUGAAAUAAUGAGGUAUAUUCUCUUGACCAUUUAGUGUUAUAGAGAGUUUGGCUUACAAUUUGGAUACUUAAUGACGGGUGUUGCAGAAUGGUGUACUGGUGUAUCUCUUACCUAAAUGGUCUUUGAUCCUUUGAACAACUUAUUAGUUAAAGCUCAAUACAUGUCACAGGGAAACUAAGAAUUUUUUUGUGUUUUGAUAUUUUUGGCAAACUUUGGCGAAGUUUACUUUCUAGAUGAGGUGCACUUACGUUGCCAUGCAGACUAUCAAUUCUAAACUUGAGCUAUUUUCAUUUUCUGAUGUUGUCGAGUCUUAUAUUCCUGUCAAAUAAUUAUGCAAAGCUCUUCAUUGGAAAUCCACAUCUAUCCAAAUGGGUCCAUAUUGUUAUCAUUAGUUUCUUUUGCUUAGUAUUGUUAUAAGUUUCUUUUUAACCCCGGACUUUGUUACAUAAUUUGACACUUAAGCCCCU